CCAGAGGACCAGACAGAAGACAGUCUCUGAUUCAUCAUCACGGAAAACGCUGCAGAGGCUCCCCUGAUGAUUGCUCAACCUAAUACCUCCGAGGUGUUGCCCUGAUUGCUGUUUGUCCAGCACAGCUUAUCGCUAGAAGGCACGAUGUCAACCACAACUGAAAAUAGGAUGAGAGGGACUUUGAAUACAAGCAGAGAGAAAACAUACAAGAAGACCACAUCGUCGGCCCUAAAGGGAGCCAUUCAGCUCGGGAUUGGCUACACAGUGGGCAACCUCACCUCAAAGCCAGACAGAGAUGUGCUUAUGCAAGACUUCUACGUGGUGGAGAGCGUCUUUCUGCCCAGCGAAGGAAGCAACUUGACCCCGGCUCAUCACUACCCCGACUUUCGCUUCAAGACGUAUGCCCCGCUGGCCUUCCGCUAUUUCAGAGAUCUGUUUGGCAUCAAACCCGACGACUACCUGUACUCGCUCGUAAACGAGCCUCUGAUCGAGCUGACCAACCCGGGCGCCAGCGGCUCUCUCUUCUACCUGACCAGCGAUGACGAGUUCAUCAUUAAAACCGUGCAGCACAAAGAGGCCAAGUUUCUGCAGCGGCUGCUACCUGGAUACUACAUGAACUUGAACCAGAAUCCACGCACACUGCUGCCAAAGUUUUAUGGUUUGUACUGCAUCCAGUCGGGGGGCAUCAACAUCCGACUGGUGGUGAUGAACAACGUGCUGCCACGCUCCAUCAAAAUGCACUACAAAUACGACCUGAAGGGGUCCACCUACAAGAGACGGGCGUCCAGGAAGGAGCGGGAGAAAGCCUGUCCGACGUACAAAGACCUGGACUUCCAGGACAUGCACGACGAGGGGCUUUACUUUGACACCGAGACGUACAACAACCUCAUGAAGACCCUGCAGAGAGACUGCCGGGUGCUGGAAAGUUUUAAGAUCAUGGACUACAGUUUGCUGCUGGGCGUGCAUGUCCUGGACCAGAGCCACCGAGAGGGGGGCGAGUCGGGCCAGGCUGGGUGCGACGGCCGGAGACCUGUAGGUCAGAGGGUGCUUUACUCCACCGCCAUGGAGUCUAUCCAAGGAGACGGCAAGGCUGCCGAAGCCGUCACCACUGACGACACGAUGGGCGGCAUCCCUGCCAGGUCGCACAAAGACGAGAAGCUGCUCAUCUUCCUGGGAAUCAUAGAUAUUCUGCAGUCAUACAGGUUGAUUAAAAAGUUGGAACACUCUUGGAAAGCUCUGGUCUACGAUGGCGACUCCAUCUCGGUCCACCGGCCCGCGUUUUAUGCCAGUCGCUUCCUCAAGUUCAUGAGCACCCGGGUCUUCAGGAAAACUCAGCCGUUUCGAUUCUCCCCCUCAAAGAGGACCCGCACGUCCAUCCCGGCUCUGAAGUCGUCCUCACAGGAGAUCCUUUCAUCGCAGGCAGAUGAGAGGCACGAGGAGGACCGGAGGGACCGGCUGUGCGGGGCACGAAGCCUGGCCAGUCUGGAUGGACAAGUCCUGUUCGGCUUGCAUCUACAACCAGAUCUGGUUCCUGCCAAUCAGUCCUUCUACGAGGGCUCCUCCAUGGGAACCAUCUCCACCUCCUCCAUCUUUGUCAACGUGGACAACCAGACAGAAGAGAGGGCUGAUGUUGCAUCCAGCUCCACGUUCACACUUGAGGACAGCGCAAUCUGCCUCACCUCAGAGCAGAGCACCAUGGACAUGAACAUGGACUGUGAUGAUGGAUCUGUUCUUGAUAUCUACUUGUGAAAAAGAAGAUUUACACUCUUCCUUCCCUCCUGCUACAUGUAAGACAAUCACUGCUUUCCAUC